ACCAAAUUUUCUCUCUACCCGUGGUGCUUGUAAAAGUGCGUCGCACUGCAAUUUACCUUUAAAAAAGUUAAUAAAUCGCACUAGUUCGCUACAUUACUGCGUUUAAUCAAAAGUUCCACUCACGUGCUACAUCAGGUUAAUACUGAUAACAUUUUCUUUCGCGGCUAGCAGUUGUAUUACAUAAAAUCCGUCACGCUGGAUAAGAUGGCGCGUUACCGUGAGUGGGACCUGCAGUGCAAGGUUUACGUAGGCAAUUUGGGAUCGUCUGCAUCAAAGCACGAGAUCGAAAGUGCCUUCGGCAAGUAUGGGCCAUUGAGAAAUGUUUGGGUAGCACGCAAUCCUCCUGGUUUCGCCUUCGUAGAGUUCGAGGAUAAGCGUGACGCUGAAGAUGCAGUUCGCUCAUUGGACGGAACACGGUGUUGUGGAACUCGCAUCCGGGUAGAGAUGUCCUCUGGCAGAUCGCGACGUGAUGAGCGUACGCGCCGACCUCGUCGUUCGUACAGGGCAAACUCUUCUAUGAUACUACUCCACGACAGCGACUUCCGCCAAAGAACAUCAUCUUGUCCAAAUUUUGCUAGUAGCGCUACUAGUGUUAAGUCUACUACCGCAACCACCACCACCACCACCAUCAAUUCCACCAAUUUUACCACCACCAUCACAACUACCACCACCAAAAAUACAACCACUACUACUACUACUACUACUACUUCCACCAACACCACCACUACUUCUGCUGCGCGCCUGAGCUCCUGCCGGUGCGGCUCGAUCUCUUCUAGACCCGAUCAUUCGUCUUCCGGCGACCACUACUACUGCUUCUACCACUACUACUACUGCUGCUGCUACGGGCAUGCGUACGUGCUUCUACCUCUACUACCGCAAGCGCCCACCGCGACAGCAUUAUUGGCAGCAGUAGCGGCGACAGCGCUGUGCUUCCUCUUGCGAUGGGCUUCAGCAACGGCAGCGGCCCUUCAAUACGACGGCCUCGAGAUCUGCAGUUUGCUUCCCCUUCUACUGCCGUUACUACUACCAUCACUGCUACUGCCACUACUUCUACUACUACUACUACUACUGCUACUUCAUCAUCUUCUUCCACACCCUCUCCAACGGCUGGGUAGUAGCAGCGAUCACCUCAGCAGCACCACACACAGUCUUCGUUGCGAUACAGCGCCCUGCACCGCCGGGUGGUGCCUUCAUCCACUACCAUCGACUCGCCCCCCGUGAACACUGUUGGUUCCAACUUGGUGAGACAAACUCUAUUGGAGGUUGAGCUGUGUCGCUCACCUCGGAUGUCUCGUCUUUGCGGAAGCGGGCGACAGGUUGGUGUUUGUUUUUCCACCGACCGGCCGCCUGAUGUGCUGAUAAUGUUCAAAUUCUUGCUAGCAGAACAGGAACAGCAGUAGCAGUAAGAUCAGCCUUCCUGCUAGGGUUCUGCUCAUCAAGAACCCAAAACGGAUCACGCAAAGUUCUGUUCAGUUCAUGCGUUAGAUGCGCAUCAGAGCGUUCAAGAUGUGCACUCAUCACAGUCUUCCUGUGACUAUCCCGUGACGAUGUCAAAGGCUGUACCAACUUUUCCGCGAAGUAGCAGAGGACGAGACACAAGCAUCGUGAGGGGCAUCGCGCUGCAACAGUUAGUCAGCCAGCCACCAAUCGUGUCCCGAACCCUUUUCCAUGGUUCCACCAUGGAACCUGGUCCCAGUUCCAGGGGAUUUUCGCACCUCGGAAUCUGUGUUUUGUUUUUCUUUUCUCUUUUUUUUUUGUAUCUCUUUCCCAGCGAGAUCCUUCAACUUCAUUUGUGUGUGUGUGUGCGUAUGUGUGGUCUGACCACUCUGUACGAAUGUUAUUGUUUGCGCUCCCUUGUGAUGGACGUGCCGAAGCGCGUGUCCAUCAUCCGCAAACACACAUCCUUGUUCAUCACCAUCAUCAUCUCCUUCGGCUUCGCGCGCUCUAGGGGCUUCUACGUGAUCCUUUUGCACCUGCCAACUGUAUCAUCACCGACCAUUCUUCACCAACCUCUACCUACCAAGCGCGUACUCUGCCGCUACCGCUACUACUAUCUACUUCUAUUACUACAACUACUGCUGCUGCUACUAGUACUACUACCCACAACUGCUACUAGUGCUGCACCAUCAUCGUCAACGAAUGGGCAUCCUUUGGGAGGCAAAACAAAACAAAAAAACCAAGACACCAGCAUGACAUGGUGGUACCAACCGAUACCACACCACCCUUCUCAACAGCUUCUUCAUGGCAACAUAAAGUACUUCUGGUGCUGAUGCUGCUGCUGCUGCUGCUGCUGCUGCUUCUUUCUUCUGCUACCGUCAUCACCAUUUUCUUCGGUGCUGCUUGGGUAUAUGAUGUGCUGUGGGGGGAUAUUAUGCACCACAUCUGGGCAGAUCUUCCUUGACGCUCGCUUCUUGAACCAUCCGGGCACAUACCCAUCCUUAACGAGAUCCGUGUUUGCAUCGCUCCCGUGGUGAUCCCAGCGGGGCGUUACAGUUGGUGCAGUUUUAGUGUGCAAUUGUGUUGUGUUUUGGUAGCAGUCCAACCAUUGUCCUACUCUCCGUGCUAGCGCGCUCUAAGCUAUACCAACAGUAUGCAAGCAAGCGAAAAAAAAAAACACCGCAACUGUAAGUGACCCAACCCAAUUCAUUCCUCCAUAUGUUUUUUUUUUGUUUAAACUCCCAACAAUCAUUGUGCGUAAAUAAUGUAUCUUUAGCUCCUAGUGGAAGCCAAGCCGCUGCAAGCCAUUUGUCAAGCUCCUCCUUCCGACAUCACCACAAAACAACAAACUCUCACGACCAUGUCUCUUUCACCAUCACUAAUCAUCAUGACACCGUUGACUACUACCCGUACCUACGCGCGAGUACCGCGACCACACAUCAUCUCCAUCAUCAUCUUGCCAGUUCGUUUGCCACGUAACAACACCACCGAUCUGUAAAGCUUUGGCGGCAUAAUACCAAAGUCACCGCCGCAUCGUGCGCGUGUGCCGACCGGCUGCUGAUCCAAUCUUCCUUCCCUUGCGAGAUCUCUUGCCGUGAUCAUCGACAACCUCGAAAGUGAGAUGACAAUCGAAAACACCCAUUCAUAUCUCCCCAUCCCAACACUGGCAUCUCUUCGCAAAACACCGGUGUCCGGCGUUUGCGGUGGCAUCUCUACCAUCUGUAGCCGCCUUCCCUUCGGUAGGACUUCUUCACGUCUUCUGCAAGUGCUGCAGCGCACAAAACCGGCAACCACUGGUACCACUGAAGAUCGCGCAUACAA